AUGAUGAUCAGCAAGACGAUAUGUGCACUGUGUGUGGCGGCUGUGGCGUUAUCGGGUGGUGCAGUGGAUGCGACGACGGAGGCGGCGGAGACGUUUGGCUGGCUGUUGCCGAAGAGCCACGGCACCUAUGGCGGCUACGGAGAUACUAGUGCCGGCACAAAUGGAAAUGGAGGCACAUCGGCAGGGACGACUGGAUACGGCGGGCUGUCAUGCGUUGGGCUCAAUGCUGGUGCUGGUGGCUUCGGCGCUGCGGGCGUGGAUCCCAACACAAAUGCUGGUAUCGGUGCAAAUGGCUACGGUAAUGCCAAUACGAACGCUGGAUUGAUCGCCGGCGCCGGCCUCAAUGCCAAUGCAGGCCUCAAGGCAAACGCUGGACUCAACGCUGGUGCCGGUCAUAAUGCCGGUGCUGGUCUCUACGCGAACGCCGGACUCAACGUUGGUGCUGGUCUCAACAGCGGUGUGGGUCUUGAUGCCAAUGCAGUAUUGAAGGCGGGCGCAGGAAUCAAAGCUGGCGCCACUCUCAACGCGAACGCAGGCCUCAAGGCAAACGCUGAACUCAUCACCGGAGGCGGUCUUUAUGCCGGUGCCGGCCUCAACGCCGGUGUGGGCCUUAACGUCAAUACAGGAUUGAAGGUCGGCGCAGGAAUCAAGGCUGGCGCUGGUCUUAGUGCCGAUGCUGGUCUCAACACGAACGCAGGCACGAGUGUGAGCACCGGAAAGAAGGACAGUAACAGCGACUCGAAGGAAACGGGUGUCAUCGCUUCGUCAUCCCCAGAGAAAACAGCCAAACAAGCGUCGCAGAAGGCUGCUCAGACGUCCACCAAGUCCGGCACAUACCGCCGCCACCUACGCGCGUAUUUUUUUCCUUCUUUGGCGCUGAGAUCAUACAUGUAA